AUGAGUUGGCAGGCUCGAGUCAGGGGCUUCGGCCAGCCAGGCGUCAUGGCUCCUGCUGGAUGGGACCCCGAGCUUUAUGACGCCUUGCUGCGAACGCUGAAAGAAGAGCUUCGAACGGAGUUUCAGGCUGAGAAAGCCGUGCUGCUAGGGCUGAGAGAAGAGCUUCGCAGGGGUUUUCAGGCUGAAACAGCCUAUGCGAUUGCGCAGUGCAUGGCACGAGUGGAGGAAUUAAGGUAUGAAAUCAGGCAGCAGAAAGAUCAUACGUUUGAUGCUUGUCCUGAGCAGAUUGUAAACAUGCCUGAGGCUAUAGGUGAGAAGGAAGCCCCCAACCCAGACUUGCUGCACACCGAAAAAGGGCCGAAAGAGCCAGUUCCCCUCGGCGAGUCGACGUGGAACGCAUUGCUGGUCAUUGGCCUUGCUGGGGCUGGAUGGUUCGACACCAUCGUCGCGAGUGGCGUUGUCAUCGCAAGCCCUCUGAUGCAGCUUGCAUUUACCAUUGUGCUUGUCACAAGAGAUUUCCUGGGAGAGCCCUUGACGGCUGAGAUUGGCCCGGCACAAAGAUGGAGAAUGGGGGCCGCGCAUGACCACAAGCAUGUGGAUCUUGCGGACACAAGUCUUGUGUCGCGUGUGUGCAACGGAGAUUCGUCCCUGAUCAUGUCCAACAAGCAAGCCGACCUGAUUGGGCAGGUAAAUGCAUAUCUUGGCCUGGAAGAUUCUCAGUUGACCCCUGAUGGCCUGUCCCCUGGGACCGUCCUUUGUGUUCUCUGCAUUUUCUGGUGGUGCCUCUAUCUUGGCAGGGAGCUGCGGUCAAUCCUUUCAUCCGUCGAGGCUCUGUGGUAUGUGCCACAUGGCCCCACUGAGCUUGUUGACGGCACGGUCCUUUCCUUGUCAACGCCACGGCGUUGCUUCUUCUACAGCGUUCGGCUUUCAAAGGCUGCAAUCUCCUGCAUGUUGCUGGUCGCUGGCAUUCUAUGGAUUGCAAGCACUACGUCUGUCAGGCGUCUUAUGCUGCAUGCUGUGGUCUUGAAAAACCUCCUAGAGCUGGACACCAUUUUUUAUGGAGCUUUCAUGCCCAUGAAAUUCCAGGUCAGCAUCAAGAAGCUCAAGCCCUUGCACUUCCGCAACUCUGUAUGGCGAAGCCAGAUAGAGUGCUUUCUAGUGGUGCUGCUUUUCGCCGUGGCAAUGAUUUUGACAUGGUCCCAGCUGGUUGCCCCACUCUCUACCACCAUGGAAAACUUGAAGCGCGAGUAUUGUGCUGGCAACCAAGAUUUUGUGGUCGGCAUAAACGAUCAUCACGGUGUGGCCGUUGUGCGGCCAACCGUGCACUUUUCUGAGGAUCUGCUGCCAGGUUUUGUUGCACAAGAAGUGCACGAGUAUGCUUUGGCAAGUCCAUCGCGUCAGAGCCAGCUCCUUGUAGUCAACAACAUACGCGACUUCGAGAGGACGCGUUUGGAGACGGUGGCCACUUCCACGACGCAGUCAUUACAGUGUGAGGAUUUUGACAAGUGGUUCCUCUGGGGCCAGGGAGAUGCGAUUCCUGACAGAUACGCGCCGUACUGGUGGGCAGCAGCCACCGGCCUAGGAUUGCCAAGCAACAGUACCUGUGCGGAUAUGGCUGCCCAUUGCCUCGGUCCGCAUUCGCAGCUCCUGCGCAUGGUCUGCAGUGUUACGUGCGGGUGCGUGGAACCUUCGGCCAAUCCGAUGUACAUGGUUCAGGCCCAAGGAUGCUUGCAGCAAUGUCGCGAUGAAGUGCAGUUCUGGACAGAUGAGAUGCCCUGCGAAGAUGUAGCGACAGACUCUGUGGCUUGGCAGGCCUUCUGGGAUUUUUAUCCUUCAGCUAUGGAGGCAUUCUAUGGGGCCAGCCAGGCGCAGAGGUCUCAGCUUCAAGCAUUAGCCGAAAACAUGAAGCAGGCCGGCUGCAGUGAGCUGGAUUUUGAGCUCGAGCCAACUGAAAUCCUCUCAGAUGUUCGUUUCUGCGAUGGACAUCCUCAGCUUUUCGCGCCUUUGAGCCAGUUUUGUCCGGCGACAUGCUGUACAGGCAACAGUCCUUCUUGCCCAUCCAGCUGCAGUGCGUAG